AUGCAACGCGCGUUGAGCUCCCGGACUCGGGCUACCGCUCUGUCCUCUGCCGCCUCUCGCUACCGAGCUGGCGCCGGGCUGGGCCAGCAGCUCCGUUUCGCCCACAAGGAGCUCAAGUUCGGCGUUGAGGGUCGUGCCGCCCUGCUCGCCGGUGUUGACACCCUCGCAAAGGCCGUUGCCACCACGCUCGGUCCCAAAGGCCGAAAUGUCCUGAUCGAGUCCAGCUUCGGCUCCCCCAAGAUCACCAAGGAUGGUGUCACUGUUGCCAAGGCCGUGACGCUCAAGGACAAGUUUGAGAACCUCGGCGCCCGAUUGCUAUCGGACGUGGCCAACAAGACCAACGAGGCUGCCGGCGACGGUACCACCACCGCCACCGUCCUCGGCCGCGCCAUCUUCUCCGAGACGGUCAAGAAUGUCGCCGCCGGCUGCAACCCCAUGGACCUCCGCCGUGGCAUCCAGGCCGCCGUCGACGCCGUCGUCGACUACCUGCAAAAGAACAAGCGCGACAUCACGACGAGCGCCGAGAUUGCCCAAGUCGCCACCAUCAGCGCCAACGGCGACAGCCACGUCGGCGAGAUGAUCGCCAGCGCAAUGGAGAAGGUUGGCAAGGAGGGCGUCAUCACCGUCAAGGAGGGCAAGACGAUGCUGGAUGAGCUCGAUGUCACCGAGGGAAUGCGAUUCGACCGCGGCUUUGUCUCCCCCUACUUCAUCACCGACACCAAGUCUCAAAAGGUCGAGUUCGAGAACCCCCUGAUCCUCCUCUCCGAGAAGAAAAUCUCGGCUGUUCAGGACAUCAUCCCCGCCCUCGAGGCCUCGACCCAGCUGCGCCGACCCCUUGUCAUCAUCGCCGAGGACAUUGACGGUGAGGCCCUCGCCGUCUGCAUCCUCAACAAGCUCCGUGGCCAGCUCCAGGUGGCCGCCGUCAAGGCUCCCGGCUUCGGUGACAACCGCAAGUCCAUCCUCGGCGACAUUGCCGUCCUGACCAAGGGCACCGUCUUCUCCGACGAGCUCGACAUCAAGCUCGAGAAGGCCACGGCCGACAUGCUCGGAUCCACCGGCUCCAUCACCAUCACCAAGGAGGACACCAUCAUGCUCAACGGCGAGGGUACCAAGGACUCCAUCGCCCAGCGAUGCGAGCAGAUCCGCGGCGUCAUCGCCGACCCCACCACCUCCGAGUACGAGAAGGAGAAGCUCCAGGAGCGUCUGGCCAAGCUCUCCGGCGGCGUCGCCGUCCUUCGCGUCGGCGGUUCCUCCGAGGUGGAGGUCGGCGAGAAGAAGGACCGGUUCGUCGAUGCCCUCAACGCCACCCGCGCUGCCGUCGAGGAGGGUAUCCUGCCCGGUGGUGGUACCGCCCUCAUCAAGGCCGCGAGCCUGGCCCUCGGCGACGUCAAGGCCGCCAACUUUGACCAGCAGCUGGGCAUCACCAUCGUCAAGAACGCCAUCACCCGCCCCGCCCGGACGAUCAUCGAGAACGCCGGCCUCGAGGGUGCCGUCAUCGUUGGCAAGCUCCUCGAUGAGCACGCCGCCGACUUCAACAAGGGCUUCGACAGCGCCAAGGGCGAGUACGUCGACAUGAUCGCCGCCGGUAUCCUCGACCCCCUCAAGGUUGUCCGCACCGGCCUCAUCGACGCCUCCGGUGUCGCUUCGCUCCUCGGCACGACCGAGGUCGCCAUCGUCGACGCCCCCGAGGAGAAGCCUGCCGGUCCUCCGAUGGGCGGCAUGGGUGGCAUGGGCGGCAUGGGCGGCAUGAUGUAA